CCUAUCAAUUCGGAUAAGUGAUUGCAGAGCGAUUUAUUCCAAUUUACUUUCGCUUAUAACCGCGGGUAACGCAUUCAUGAUUGGCAAAAAAUUUUCGUUUACAGUCUUAGCAUAACGCGUGUAACUAAUUUUUCCUCCAUCGUUGAUAGAAUUCGGUCUUGGAAAAUGCAUCAUUCCGUCGCUGAGAAUGGCGGGUUUUUCCUCCUGGUUUUGUGCAUCGUCGGAGGCGUAGUUUCUUCGCAAGGGAAUAAAUUGAAAAUGCUGGAUAUCCCUGAAAUUGGCUCAGUUGCGGUGUUGUACGAAGCACAAUUGAUAACUGGAGAGGGGCCUUUCUGGAAGGAAGACGAGCAGGUCCUGCACUUCGUCGACAUUCCUGGUCGCUCGAUUUUUCGGCAUGAUCCCGCAACAGAAAUAACCACUAAAGCAACCUACGACGAAGGAGUCAGUAUUUCUUUCGUAAUCCCAGUCGCUGGACAAGAAGGAACAUUUAUGAUUGGCAUGGGCCAGUCCGUUGGCACGAUUGAAUGGGACGGCCAAGACGGAACUGCUUUGAAUUUCACCCCGCUUACUAAUGUGGAGGAGCAGGCGGGGAACAGGUUCAAUGAUGGAAAGUGUGACCGAAAUGGCCGACUAUGGACAGGGACAAUGGGUUAUUUUAACGAAAACGGACAAAUCUCCAUGAAUUCGUCAAACCUAUACAGACUUGAUUCAGACUCAUUAGAAGUUCAAGUAGAAUACGUUACCUUGUCGAAUGGAAUGGCCUGGUCUAGUGAUGACAAACUUUUCUACUACAUCGACACAUGGAGUCUCCGCGUCGACGUCUUUGAUUACGACAUCGACUCUGCAACUAUUUCAAAUCGAAGAACACUGUUUGAUCUGGUUGAGAACGGCUUUGAGGGAAGCCCAGACGGGAUGACGAUCGACGUUGACGGGAACCUGUGGGUAGCGUUGUACAAUGGGAAUGGAGUGGUGAAGGUCAACGGAGUCACUGGAGCUCCUGAGGGUUUCAUUCGUUUGCCUGUGCCAAAAGCAACAUCCUGUGCUUGGGGUGGAGCAGAUCUAGACGUGCUCUAUGUGUCCACUGCUGCAGAGGGAGCUGACCUGUCCGAAUUCCCCCUUAGUGGAUCCAUGUUUAAGGUCAACGGACUUUCCACUCGGGGCUUCCCAAGUGUACCAGUCCAAAUUGAUAUCCUUUAAGACAUCGCAGGCAGAAAAUUUCUGGCCACUAUUAGGCAUGAUUGGUCGUUCUGCUGAUGAUGCUGUAUGAUGCCGUUUCCUCAAAUUUGCGCCUUGCCCAUGCAUGCUUACAUCUUCAAUGCAAAAAAAUGUUGGAAAUUAAAUGCAAAUCAGAAAAAGUACAUUGAUUUUUCAGGAAAUGCAUAUUGUUCAGACAUUCAAA